CUUACUCAACCACAAGUUUCUACAACAAUGGCAACAACAUGCUUUCAACCACCAAGCCUCGAAGAUGAUUCCGCCGUGCUCUUCUCCUCGCCGGAGGAAUCCACCACCCCUUCCUCCUCCUCCUCUUCCAAUCACUCCCCAUCACAACAUCACCAAAACCAAACACCUUAUAAACUCAGUGUGAUUAAUCUAUCCUACACAAUCCAUCAAAGUGCAUGGAUAUCCAACCUCAGUUUCAUCGGCCUGAAAACGAAGAAAAAGACGAAGCCAAUUGAUAUUCUGAAAUCGGUCUCUUUCACAGCAAGAAGCUCUGAGAUUCUUGCAGUCGUCGGCCCAAGUGGCACAGGUAAGUCCACACUCUUGAGAAUUGUUUCUGGCAGGGCUAAAGACAGACACUUUGAUCCCAAGUGUAUUAACCUCAACAACAGCGUAAUAACAAACCAACUCCAGUUAAGGAAGCUGUGUGGAUUUGUAGCUCAAGAAGACGUCUUAUUCCCUCUUCUCACAGUCAAAGAAACCCUAAUGUUCAGUGCCAAGUUUCGCCUCAAGGAAACCAGUCCUCGAGAGAGAGACAAUAGAGUCGAAGACCUUAUGCAUGAGCUUGGCCUGACACACGUAGCCAAUACUUUCAUUGGUGACGAAGAGAAUCGAGGUAUUUCAGGUGGAGAGCGAAAAAGGGUUUCCAUUGGUGUGGAUGUAAUCCACGAUCCACCUAUUCUACUCCUAGAUGAGCCGACUUCUGGGCUCGAUAGCAGCUCAGCCGUUCAAGUAAUUGAGCUGCUUUCUUCCAUGGCUCGAGCCAGGCAAAGAACCAUAGUCUUGUCGAUUCACCAACCGAGUUAUAGAAUCCUUCAGUAUAUACACAACUUCUUGAUCCUUUCUCACGGCUCGGUGGUCCACAACGGCUCACUCGAGUCACUAGAGCUAGCCAUUACAGGUCUCGGUUUCAAAAUCCCACCACAGAUAAACCCUUUGGAGUUCUCAAUGGAAAUCAUCUCCACUCUCGAGGAGUCGUACACUAAGAACCACACAUCUGAAGUGGAGGUAAAAGAACUAUAUGAUCCCUCAUCUUAUUCGACAUUGCACAUAGAACAAACAUCGUUUGAUCCUUUUAUUUCGAGGUUGUUCGAAAUAAAAGUACUGUGUACUAGGUUCUGGAAGAUCAUUUACAGAACAAAGCAACUACUAUUGGCUCGCACGAUGCAGGCUCUCGUGGGAGGAUUUGGUUUAGCGAGUGUUUACGUGAAAGUACGAAGAGACGAAGGGGGGGUUACAGAGAGGUUAGGGCUUUUCGCCUUUAGUCUGAGUUUUCUUCUUUCUUCCACAGUGGAAGCUCUCCCCAUUUACCUUCAAGAAAGGCAGGUUCUGAUGAAAGAGGCAUCCAGGGGUUCUUACAGGGUUUCAUCGUACCUAAUUGCCAAUACCGUAAUCUUUUUCCCGUUUCUGUUUAUUGUCGCGAUUCUUUUCUCCGUCCCGUUGUACUGGAUUGUGGGACUGAACCCCUCUGCUUCUGCUUUCGCUUUUUUCACACUCGUCGUUUGGCUUAUAGUGCUGAUGGCCAGCUCAUUGGUGCUGUUUUUGAGCGUUAUAUCUCCGGAUUUUAUUUCUGGAAAUUCGUUAAUCUGCACUGUUCUUGGUGCAUUCUUUCUGUUUUCGGGGUAUUUCAUUCCGAAGGAGUUCAUACCAAAGUACUGGCUUUUCAUGUACUAUGUUUCGCUCUAUAGGUACCCUUUGGAUUCACUGGUUACUAAUGAGUACUGGAGUGAAAGAAAUGAAUGUUUUUCGAGGGGAGUUGGAGGUAAUUUAUCUGAAUGUUUGCUGACAGGGAGAGAUAUAUUGAAGAGCAGAGGAUUAGAUACAGACACAAGAUGGAUCAAUGUGGGGAUUAUGGUGGCUUUUUUCUUGUUUUAUCGAGCACUUUCCUGGAUUGUUCUUGUGAGAAAGGUUUCGAAAACAACAUUGUAAUAUUACGAAUUUUUUUUUAAUAAUAAACUAGUUUUUCUUUCAUUAAUCCGAAUUGCCAACCUUGUACUGGGAUGCUAACCAAUUGUAAUGUAAGAUUAGGACUAAACAAAUCUGUAUCAAUUGUUGAAGUAGUAAUUGCCAUGAAGAAGUUAA